GAACUAUUUUAAUCAUAUUUAGCGACCACUUUGGUUCCUCAAGCAAAUAUACAUCACCAUAGUAUGCAGUCAGAAAAUUACCUCAAGAACUUACCAUUUCGUCUGUUUCAUUUUUCUAUAAAAACAAAAAGUAUAUCACUUUGUUAAAAAAAAAAAAUUUGCUCAAUAAAAUAAAAAAAUAAAGAAAAAGGAAAAGAGCAAAACGGUUCUUUAUGAAAGCGCCAACAAAAGCCUAAGCUCACUCCUGGUCAAGUCCAAGGCCCAAAAUGUUGGGUAUUUCGUACGGAGAGCUCUUCCUCUUGAUCGGAGCCACAGCCGCUCUUGUCGGACCAAAGGAUUUGCCUAGAAUUGCUAGAACAGCAGGGCGGCUAGCGGGUCGGGCAAUCGGUUAUGUUCAGUUAGCUCGUGGCCAAUUCGAAAAUGUUAUGCAGCAAUCUCAAGCUCGCCAGGUUCAUAAAGAACUUCAAGAUGCACUGGCACAAUUAGAGUCGAUUCGAUAUGAAGUUCGAAGCAUAUCACUUAUGAAUCCUGGUCCUCUGACUAGGAAGCUGAUGGACAAUCCUCAAGACCUGGCUCCUACAGGGGCCAAUGGGUCACUUGAGAAGCCCAAGGAAGAGCUGAUGUCAACAAGUACUGUGCUGAAGGAUAGAACCCCCGAGUCAGUUAAUUUGCAUAGCCAAGCAACUGCUUAUGAAAGAUUGGCUGAAUCUGAUGCCGUGAAGUCUGACUCUUUGAAGAGAAGUGCAGAGAAAGAGAACCUUAGUGAUGAAGGUGGUCUUUUUGCUGUUCUCCCAGUUUCAGCUGAAAGCACUGGGAUGCUACCAAAUCGCAAGGAGAAUGUUGAAGGAUCGGACAUUGUGUUGGAAGCGAUACUUGAAGCAGAGGUAGCACGCAAUGCCAAAGAUUUCUUUUCACAGCCUGCAAAUCAAAUACAGUGAAAUGAGAAGGUUUAGCUGUAUAUUCUCAAAGUGCUUAUGUCUGGGCAUUUUUUGUAGUAUUAUUAGAUAUAUAAUUGGACAAGGUUUGCAUUAGGGAAUGCUCUGUUUCAUUGUAGAUGUAAUUGAACAAGGUUAAAUUACUAUUCUGAAGAUGUAAAACUUUUGGAGAUCUUUAAAAUCGAUAUUUCUUCUAUCAUCA